AAACAUAUAUAUAGAUAUAUAUAUUUCCAGAAUAUAUAAAAUCCCUCGUGGGCAAUGCAGAAUAAUAUAUCAUUAAUAUACACGUAUCAGCUCAUGGAUGGAGAACAGAAUCCCGCAUGGCCUAAUGAGAAAGCAGAAGCUUAAGAAUUUCAGUUUUCAACCCCUCCUUUUAUAUAUUAUUAUAUUAUAUAGAAGAGAUUUUUUUAAGAGAAGACAUGCUUUCCAAAAUUAUCCCAGAGGUUGCUAUACUAUCAGCAUGGGACCUAGAUAAAACUAAUUUACCUUAACAAAAAGAAAAAUCAGUCAUUUCCAUUUCUGUUAAUUGAAGUCAAAGGAAAUAACUUUUCGAUUUAAAUAAGUGAUACGCAUACUCAACAUAUCCAUAGAUGCCCAGACACGUAAAACAAGCAAGGUUCUCUCUCGUAGCAAGACAAGGGAAGGAUAUUCAACAUGUCAAAUCUAAGGUUUAAGUACUUUUGCUUCUUACUCAUCUCUGUAACCAUCUGCUUCCCCAGAAUCAGCCUGGGAGACAACUGUCUGCGACCAAAACAUGUUGCGUUAUAUGUUUUUGGAGAUUCUGGGUUUGAUGCUGGCAACAGUAACUACAUUAACAGUUCUUUUUCCGCUUUUGGAGCCAAUCAUUGGCCUUAUGGACAAACCUUCUUCAAGUUCCCAUCUGGAAGAUUUUCAGAUGGUCGUUUGGUUCCAGACUUUAUAGCUGAGUAUGGAAAAUUGCCUUUGAUAAAACCAUAUCUUCAUCCUGGUUACCAUAGAUAUACAGAUGGAGCAAACUUAGCAUCAGCAGGAGCUGGAGCUCUUUCAGAAACUCGUCAAGGAUCUGUAUUGGACCUGAAAACUCAGGUUAGCUAUUACAAGAAGAUUCACAGGCUACUGAGGAAAGAACUAGGAGAUGAAGCAGCUCAAUCAUUAAUCUCAAGAUCUGUCCACUUGAUAAGCACUGGGGUUAAUGAUUAUGCAGUUUACAUUACAAAUUCAACUGUUCUUUGGUCAAAAUCGCACCAAGAUUAUGUGAACAUGGUGAUUGGCAACCUCUCUUCUGCUAUCAAAGACAUAUAUAACGUAGGAGGAAGAAGGUUUGGGAUUCGUAAUGUGGGCCCUUUGGGUUGUUCACCAUCCAUGAGGGUACUAAAAGGUGGAGCUGCAGGUGACUGCUUUGAAGAAGCUACAAAAAUAGUAAAACUACACAACAAACAACUUUACAAGAUGCUGGUAAAGCUUGAGAAUGAGCUCCAAGGGUUUAAGUAUGGACUCACUGAUUAUUUCACAUUUCUAACAAAACUAGUGAAUAACCCUUUCAAAUAUGGUUUUAAGGAAGGAAAAGUGGCAUGCUGUGGCAGUGGUCCCUACAGAGGAACUCCAAACUGUGGAUUGAAGAUUGAAGGAAUAGAAGACUACAAGUUAUGCGAUAAUGUUAAUGAUUAUGUGUUCUUUGACUACUCUCAUCCCACGGAAAAGGUCAACCAGAAGCUAUCAAAGUUAAUGUGGCUUGGAAAGGGCAGUCGUCCAUACAAUCUCAAAGCCUUAUUUGAACUUUAAGCACCCAAUUCUAUACUUCCUUAUUAUCAAAACCUUGAUUGAUGCUGUUUAUGUUACCAGUUGAUUCUACGUGUUAGACGGGAAGAGACAAUGAAACCUUGGGUUUAACAAAAGUUUCUGAUAUGGUUUACCUGUACCUUCUAUUCUGUUGGGAUAUUUUGAAAGUUUGAUCUACCAAAAUUAUUGGAGAGCUA